AUGGCUGGCGUCAAGCGGCCUGCUCCCUCACUCCUUCCGCCUUUCGAGCCUUUGUCUUCCUCACCUGGGUUGCCUCGCCCGCUUAAGAGGCAGGCUCGUGGGGGUUCCAUUGGGGCAAUCAAAUAUCCUACGCCCGUCCCAACAUCCAGCACUGGCAUACUCUCGUCGUCGCCACCACAUGCCCAUCUAGCCAGACCGAACCUAGUUCGCACACAGUCUAUGACAGAACGAGCUCCUCUAUCCGCCGUUCCGUCAGUCGAACUAAACGAAAAUGGCGAGAUGCUACUCAUGGGCCGUUCCAGUAACUCGUCCCAUUACCAACUGUCUGCCAACCGUCUCGUGUCGCGUGUUCAUGUCAAGGCGCGAUAUAUACCUGCCACGGCGCCCCUGGAACCGAACAAAGUCGAGAUCACGUGCAAUGGUUGGAACGGACUGAAACUGCAUUGCCAGGGAAGAACGUGGGAUCUGGCCAAGGGCGACACGUUCACGUCAGAAACCGAGAGUGCGGACAUUAUGUUGGACGUACACGACGCGCGGGUCAUGGUGCAUUGGCCUAAGAAGCUUGGUCAUGAGUCCAUCGCGAACUUGUCCGAUAGCUCGUGGGAUGACUCGCCGCGUUCUCGACUACACCGAAACAGUGUCGUGUCAUUGCAGUCCAGUCCCCUGCGAAGACAGACGCGUGUCAAGUCGCCUGAGUCGCCAACACCCAUUAAUAAGUCAUCGUCGUGCAGCCUGAAUGCACUGUUGGCCAACAACGAAGCAAGUGAGCCGGUUCAAAUCUAUGAAGAUACCAGUGCGGAUGAACAGGACCUGCCGGAACCUGUUGUCGACGCGGGCGCAUCCUUCGCACAAACGGUCACCACCAACAGCUUCUCGAGUGAUCUCAGCGAACUGGAUGAGAACGACCCAGACGAGGAAAAUGAUCCCAUCAUCCAUUCCUUCGGGCCCUUCGGCGCAAACCUCUCAAAUCGCCUCGCAGCAGUCACGACAGGCUCUCCGAAACAGCCAUCGCGCAUGUUGUCAGGUGAUUCGACUGCCGCUCCUUCCGUCGAACCCGAGGAGCCCCUGAACAAAAACAUUGAUGUCUCGGCUGUCACGAACCAUGUCGUGAACCAACUCGCAUUCUCGCGACUGUCAUCCAACCCGCUGUCCGGCAUUAUGAACAACCUGCCCGCUGAAGAGAAGAAGGAUCUCAGCAAGCAUAACUUGCGACGGAUCAUCGAGUCCACUAACUGCAUCGGCAUCAUCACCCGCUCAGGCAAGGAUGCGGCAGGAAAGGCACUGGAGAGUGAGUAUUACUACGUCCCCGAGAGAGACACCGAUGAAUCUCGCCGCCUUGCCGUAACCGACGGCCUGAGGAAACCGAGCUUGAGAGCUUGUAGAAAGCAACACAAGCAAUAUUAUUGGAAACGACCUAGAACUCCUUGA